AAUUUUUUAACAGGGUCUUUUUGGGCUUUUUCUCUGCUUUUAUAUAAAUUGUAAUGUAGGGUUUGAUUAGGCGUGUACGGUCUUUCUCUUUUUACUUUUUGGUGGUGGUUGAUUGCUGGGGAGGUUUUGGAUUUUAUUUUAUAUCAGAUUGAAGUUGUGCAUUAAAAUAUUUUUAGAUGAUUUUAUUAUUUGGAUUUGGUUAGAAGAAACAAGGUGAAUUUGUGGGGUAAAGGAUAUUUAUGAGAAAAAAAAUAUGAUUCUGGUUAGAAUUUGAGUUUUUUAUGUUCUGAAUUUUGAUUAUUAGUGUUUAUGUUAUUGAUAGGAUUGAUUGCUUGAAAACUUUUCUCCCUUUUGAGGAAUAUUUUCUCCUGAGUUUGUUUCCUUGCUCUCUUCCUUGGUUGUCAAGAAAGAGGAACGGUUCUAGAACAGCAUACGCCUACCUCUAUGCAUCAAGCACUUGGAUCUCUUGGUAUGAGUAUGACAAGGCUCUUGAAUUUGAGAAUUCGCGAUGCCAAUCUUACAAGUGAGAUAAAGUCGUAAAAGGUGCCACAAUGGACACACACUCUGUUCAAGCUGUAAAGCAAGGGUACUCAACAAAUGUCCCGGUUGUAGGCAGCAGCUCGGUAAUAUAAGGUGUCUAGCUCUGGAGAAGAUGGCCAAAUCACUUGAACUGCAUUGCAAGUAUGAGGAGUUUGGAUGCCCUGAGAUCAUCCCUUACCACACCAAGCUCAUGCAUGAAGACUCGUGUAACUUCCGGCCAUACAGCUGCCCAUGGUAUGGAUGUCCGUGCUCUGCUGUUGGGGAUAUUCCACUCCUUGUUUCUCACCUGACAGAUUAUCACAAGGCAGUCAUGUUCAAUAGCUGCAACUUUAAGCAUGGAUUUUUAAUUGGAGAUCUCUAUAAAAACCCAGGCCGCAGAUGGAUAGUAAUUAUCAUCAAUUGUUUUGACAAACACUUCUGUCUCCAUGCUGAAGCCUUCCUUAUAGGGUCGACUCCCGUUUACAUGGCAUUCCUCAGCCUGAUAGGCAACCAUGCAGAGGCCGGCAACUACAGCUACAGCCUGCAGAUAGGGGGAAAUGGGCGGAAGCUUACUUUUGAGGGCGUCCCACAAAGCAUUAGAGAGAGUGAGAGGAGGAGUUUGGAGAGUGCGGACAGCCUCAUUGUGCCGGGAGGCAUGGUGCAUUCCUUGGGAGGGGAGACGAGAGAGCCAAAACUUGAAAUUACAAGUCGGAUAUGGAAAACCCAGUGUGGAUAAAAGUAUAAAACAGGUUGAUUGAUUGAUAUAAGGGUUUUUGAAAUUCAUCCCUCUCUCUGUAAACAAAGACGAAGAAGACAUGAGUAGAAUAUGAAAGAAUUGGUUGGGUAGAUUCGUGGAUUGAAUUAAUACAAUACAUGAUAUAAAAAUUCUUGAUUUUACAAA